UUGAAAAACAUGCGACCCGGAACUAAAUCUCUUUUUGUAAGCGCUCUACACAUUGCUGUUUUGAAAUGACUAUAUUUACUACUCAAAAUGAGCGGUGUAAACCAAAGGACUUUGUUCCAGACUUGGGGUACUUCGGCUCCUCAAAAGGCUAACCAAACGAACAAUGUUGCAAAGAAGACAACUGCAGUUGGGCGGCGAAAACCCACCCCAAGCGCUACCACAGGAGCAGCCAAGAAGAAUCAGCCCAGGACAACUGACACAACGCUGACUACAAGAAGCUCGCUCUGGAGUGAGAUUGGCCCCGACCCCACAGCUCACUGCAACGCAAAAUAUUCUGCUGCAUAUGAAGAUGACGAUGACGACUUGAUGGUAGUAGCUGUCUACGAAGCUGAGAAAUCUCUGUCAGUUGACGCCAGCUUUGAACAAGACACUGUAGCUACUGACACUGUAGAUUCUGAGAGCACAACGAUCACGCAAACUCCUGAAAGUGGAGUGUGUUAUGAAGACUUUCCAGGUAUUGACAGCUCAUCAGUCCAAGUAUGGAUCUAUCCUACGAACUACCAAAUCAGGGAAUACCAGCUCAAGAUAUCAGAGGCAGCGUUGUUCCAGAACACCCUGGUUUGCCUGCCCACUGGCCUGGGCAAGACCUUCAUUGCCUCUGUGGUGAUGUACAACUUCUACCGCUGGUAUCCUGCAGGGAAGAUAGUCUUCAUGGCACCCACAAAGCCUCUUGUAGCACAACAGAUAGAGGCAUGCUACAAAGUUAUGGGUAUUCCACAAACGCAUAUGGCUGAGAUGACAGGAAACACUGCUGCCCAGCAGCGGCAGCUGCUGUGGAAGACGAAACGCGUGUUCUUCCUGACACCUCAGGUCAUGGUAAACGACCUGUCCAGAGACACAUGCCCAGCCGUGCAGGUGAAAUGUGUGGUGUUCGACGAGGCCCACAAGGCUCUGGGAAACCAGGCCUACUGCCAGGUGAUCAGACAGCUGGGCAGCCAGACCCAGCAGUUCCGUGUCCUGGCUCUCAGUGCCACCCCAGGAGCAGACAUCAGGGCAGUGCAGCAAGUCAUCUCCAACCUGCUGAUCUCCCACAUUGAGCUUCGUUCUGAGGAGAGCCCAGACCUCCAGGCCUACUCCCAUCAGCGCAGCCUGGAGAAGGUCACAGUCCCCCUGGGAGAGGUCCUCACCGCCUACCAAGCUACCUACCUCCAGGUCCUGGAGGGGUUCACGUCCAGGCUGAUCCAGACCAGGGUCCUUUCCUCCAGAGAUCUGCGUUCCUUGACCAAGUACCAGCUCAUCCUGGCCAGAGAGCAGUUCCGCAGGAACCCUCCACCUCACGUCAGGGGGGGCCAACAGGGGGCGCUGGAGGGAGACUUUGCCCUGUGUAUCAGCCUGUACCACGGCUACGAGCUCCUGAUGGCCAUGGGCCUGCGCUCGCUCUACGUUUACGUCCAAGGCAUCAUGGACGGCACGAGGGAGAUGUCUCGGGCCAGGAAUGAGCUCCAGAGGAACCCGACCUUCAUGGACCUCUUUAAGGAGAUGGAGAGCAUGUUCCUCAAGUCUGCAGGUCCAGGGGAGCAGUUUAUCUACAGCCACCCUAAGCUUCUGAAGCUGGAGGAAGUAGUUCUGCAACACUUCAAAACCUGGGCUGAAAACUCACAUUCAGACCUGGGCUCUGCCAGCGGGCAGCAGGAAGUGAGCACGCGUGUGAUGAUCUUCUCGUCGUUCCGCGAGAGCGUGCAGGAGAUUGCCGCCAUGUUGAACCGCCACCAGCACGUCAUCAGGGUCAUGACCUUCAUGGGCCAGGCCUCUGCGGGGAAGGUCAAAGGGUUCACCCAGAAGGAACAGCUGGAAGUGGUGCGGCGUUUCCGUGAGGGGGGCUUCAACACUCUGGUGUCCACCUGUGUAGGGGAGGAGGGGCUGGACAUCGGAGAGGUCGACCUCAUCAUCUGCUUCGACGCUCAGAAGAGCCCGAUCCGAUUGGUCCAGAGAAUGGGUCGCACAGGACGCAAGCGCCAGGGCAGGAUUGUGGUGAUCCUGUCAGAGGGCAGAGAGGAACGGACGUACAAUCAGAGCCAGUCCAACAAGCGGAGUCUUCACAAGUCCAUUCUGGGGAACAGAAACAGCCUCCACAUGUUCACCAACAGCCCCCGCAUGCUGCCCCCGGGAGUCCAGCCCACCCUGCACAAGAUGCACAUCAGCUGCGGACAGUUUGACCACGGGGAGGCCGGACGGAAGACAUCCCGCAGACGCCGGUCUCACGAAGAGGGGCAAGAUUCCCUCGUCCAUCCUCACAACCUAGUGACCUACCCAACGACCGGAAAGAAAGAUGGCUACCUCACCACGUCUGAGUACUCCGUAUGGGCGUCGACCAUGAAGCUGGAUGAGAACGAGGCCCCGCCCACACUCAGGCCAUAUCACUUCCUGUCCCUACCCGGGGACACGCCCCCUCCAGUGGCUCCAGGGGCCAGGAUCCUGUCACUGUGGGAGUGGAGGCACUGGCAGAACCGCCCCCUCCCCACCCACAGGGUGGAGCACUCCGCCCGCUGCCUCCACUUCACCAGCAUCAUGGAGCUGACAGACAGCCUGCGACAGGACGACGAGGGCGAGUGCAGGUAUGAACAGCAGCUGCUGUCCCACCUGGUCCAGACUGAUGUGGUGGGCCUGAGUGAAGACACCAAGAGCACUAAAGACAGAAGACAGAGGAACACCAAGACCUCCACCAAGACCUCCACCUCCAGCCUGAGACCGGGUCACCCCUCCGCAGAUGUGGACGGCCUCGAGGGAGAAGGCGAGCAGGAGAGGGCUUCCAGAGGAAGGGCGUCUGUUGUCUCACCAUGGACCGUCAUAUCCGACAGAGACCCAGAUGAUCCGGACCCAGACGCCACAGAUCACCCGGGCACAGGGGGCCACUGGCCAAUCACAAAUAGAGAAGAUGACUUUGUCAUGGUUACCGAAAAGACUGGCAGCUCGGAGGCCCAAUCCCCAGCUCCGGGGAAAGUGGAGGGUUUAUCCCACCUGAACACCGAUACUGAGAAGGAAGAACAUGACACAGAAGAGGACUCUGAAUUAGAGGGCUUGUUUUAUGUUCCUACGAGAAGUUCUGCUGCCUCAUCCAAACUCCUACACCUCAGACACAAAACUGAGAGUCUGAGGGCCAUUCUCUCUAACGUAGCUGAACUUCUGUCCAGGUCACCUCCUCCUUUGACCUUUGACCUCGACAGUUCAAUCUUCACCCAAGCUCACACCUCUCCCGACACCACCUCUAGACCCACCAGCAUCACAGGGACAACUGCCCCUCUGACCUUUGACCUUAAGAGUCCUUUACUUGAGCCACUACCCACCUCCACUACCAUAAGGUCCCAACCCCAACCACUUUCAGCAUGCGGGUCAUGGAUUGAGGAUCACCCAGGGUUUCAGGUCAACUUCUGCCUGGAGGUGGAGGAGGACUGGCUGGAGUCUGACUCUCCUGCCUCCCCCCAUCCCUCUCCUCCAUCCCCUGCCUCUACUGGUGUGAUGCCUGAGGCUCAUCCCUGCAAGAACCAGCAUGAAGAACCUCCACCAAAUGCCUCCACCCACAGAAGGAGCAAGCCCAGUCCACCACAGAGACCUCAUCCACCCUCACCACCUCCGGAUAGCCACGGAGAGGGGGAGGACAUAGCUUCAUUCAGCCCCAGCUGGGACGAGGUCUUCGGGGACGAGGGAGAUGGCGACCAUAGGGACGAUGGAGGGAUUGUAGACGUGGAGGAUGUCGAGGUUAAGAACGACGCGACGAAAGACGACAUGGACCUGACGGAUGAUGUUACGGAUGAUGUUAUGGAUGAGUUUGUGGACUUCAAGGAGCCUUUCCUGCCCCCUGCCCCCACAGCCCCCCCUCCCAGUCCCCCUGGCCCACACCAUGCUACAGCCCAGCUGGAUGAGAGCAUGGACCUGUUUGGGGAUGAUGAGGCCUUCCUCGAGAUAAGCCUUCCUGAUAUCCCUACACCUGCUAGAACUGCCCCACACACACCUGCUAGAACUGCCACACACACACCUGCUAGAACUGCCCCACACACACCUGCUAGAACCCACACACCUGCUUCACACACCACACACACACACGGGACCACUGGAUCACACACAGCGAAACCCACACACGCACUCAAUGCAUCACAUAGUGUCACACGAACACCAGAUACCAAGACCAUUCCAAGCCCCACAUAUGCACCAAACACGACAUAUGUAUCUCCCACAUCCAUGGCUCUGGGAAGGAAGGGAGAGACAGAUGGGAUGGAGGGAUGGCACAGACGAGAGAGCGAGAGAGUCCUGGCCGUGCUGGACCAGAGCUCUCCCCUAGCCCAGCACUCUGAAAGCUUCAACCUCUCUCAGGACUUUUUCUCUGUGAACUUUGACCUGGGGUAUUCUCUGGAGGAAUCUGAGGAGGAGGGGGAGGAGGAAGCAGCUGCUUCCACACAUAGUGCCUCCCUGCUGGGCCAGGAAGUCCAGGAGGACCCCCCCUCCCUGGCGCUGGACCAGAAGAUCCCCAGCUCAUCCACUCCCUCGGCUGGCUUUUCCAGAGUGGGCGUGUUCAGGCUGUCCACUCCGCUGGCGGGCCCUGGAGGAAACAGGAAGUCGACGACAUCGCCUCUGACCUCCAAGCCGGGUGCUCUCCCUUCUCCAAUCACGUCACUGGGAGUGAGACGAGCUCUCGUGCCCCUCCCCCACAGCCCCUCUGGCCACGCCCCCUCAUCAUCUGUCCUGAAGCGGAAGCAUCAGGAGGGCGGGGAGAGGGCGGAGUCUGGGAAGAGGGAGGAGUCUGACAGGAUGGAGGACAGUGUGUGUCAGGGCCUUCUCCAACACACAGUCCUGAGCAGCAGUGACGAGGAGGUGAUUGGUCGAAAACGGGGUCACCAGAUCAAGCCGGCCAACCCACUGUCGUCUCCUGAGGAUGUGUCCAAGUCUCACCUUCAGGAGAUGGACUCUCCCUUCCUGGUCACCAGGAAAAGAGCUGCCGCUCUCAACAUCUCAGGUGAGACCCAGCUGGAGGUUCUGUCAGAUGACGACUUCCAGACCAACACGUCGGUCCUCCGACCCCCCACCAGACCCCCCCGCCCCCCACAUCUCCAUAGGAACAAGCCGUCCGCCAAGAAUGCCGUGCGACGAGGGGGCCGACAGUUCCUGGACGAGGAGGCGGAGCUAUCUGAGGAGGAGGAGGGCGGGGAUGUGUCUUCGGACGAAGACGACGACGAUCAGAAGCACUCCCUGGAGGGCUUCGUUGUGGACAACACACACAUCUCACAGGGUCUCAAUGACUCGGAGAUGCAGGGGGUAUAUUUGAAGUCCGUGAGGAGUCCUGCUCUGGCUGGGAGGUGGAACAUGCUCUCCAGACAGCAGCAGCAGCAGCAGCAGCAGCAGCAGCAGCGCAUGGACAUCUUCUCCCAGGUGCCAGAGCUGGAUGAGUCAUACGAGGAGGACAGCUUUGUGGUUCACGCCAGUGAUGAUGAAGACCAGGAGGAGGAAGAGGAAGAGGAGGAGGAGAGGGGUGCAGGGUCUGGGCGGGUGGAGCUGAUCCCUGAGGACUCGUACGUUGAGGGGAGGAGACAGUACCCGACCAGACGCAGGGCGUUCAUCAGACAGGCCCGGGCAGGGGCAGGGACAGGGGCCGGAGCGCUGGCGGGUGAUGCCCGAGCCCAAACCAAGCGCUCCCGCAUCGUUCGCAUGGAGGACUCCAGUGAGGAGGAGAUGGAGGAGGAGAGGCGCAGGAGCAGGAAGGAGAAGAGAGGGGUGGAGGAGGAGGACAGGAGCAUGGAACAGCUCACAUCUGAGAGGGACUCUACUGCCCUCUGCAGGUUGGCGGAGGUGCAUCAGGGCCAGGCGUGGAUGGUGAAGAAGCCCUCCCAGCCCCGGGCUGCCUCCUCCUCCUCCUCUUCAUCCUGCACAGCAGCACAGUCCUCCUCCUGUCACUCUGCUGCUCCCAGAGCACUGUCUCUCAGUGCAAGACUGGCUGCUUCAAAGGCCUCUUCUCUCCCCUCCUCCACAGCCAGACCUUCUCCUCCCCCCUCCUCCUCCAGCAGGGUCCAUUCUGGGAGUGUUCUGAGGCCUGACCUGACAGAGGACCAGCAGGAGGAGAGGUGUCGUCUAAGGUUCCAGAACCAGGCUCUACUCUCCGAACAGCUGGACUUUGAGGAGUCUGAGUCUCUGCUGAAAUCUUGGAAACCUCCUCAGGCCACCACCCUCUCGUCGCCCUCGGUCAGCCUGGCUCAGGCCUCUGUCAGACAGGCAGCAGCCCCAGGCGAGCCCCAGGCCCCUGUCUCUAUCCUGGUGGACGGUCGCUCCAUCAGUAGUGGUGUGGAUGUGGUCACCUGCCUGCGCCAGAGGCAUGGGGCCUGCGUGCAGGUGGGCUCUCUGGGCGGCUGCGACUUCAUCCUCAGCAACCGCAUGGCCGUGCAGAGGCUCAGCCAAUCGGAUCUGGCCUCCAUGCCGAAUCGCAAACGGCUGGUGGAGAAGAUGGCCGUCCUCCAGGGUCUCUUUGACCGCAUCUGUGUUGUUGUGGAGAGGGAGCGCACCAAACCUGGUGAAACAGUGAGGCCGUUCCAAAGAACCCGUUACUAUGACAACACCUUAGCGGCACUGGUCCAUAGCGGGGUGAGAUUGUUUUGGAGCGACGGUCCUGAAGGGACGGCAGGCCUGCUGAUAGAGAUGAGCCAGCUGGAGCGGAGAAAGGGUCAGGCCAUAUCCGUGCCCCUAGAGGUCAAAGGUCAACACAGACAGCAGGCGCUCCAGUUCUACUUGACCCUGCCCUGUGUCAGCUACGUCACUGCCCUCAACAUGACUCUCAGCUUCAGAUCUGUGGCCCAGCUGGUCAACAGUUCGCUGGCUGUUCUCCAGAAGGGAGCAUGUGUGAGCCGUUCCAGGGCUGAGGAGAUUUUCCGCUGUCUACGCUACUCCUGCGACUCCGCCCUCAUGACCUCCACCACCUCCACCAGGAACCUCCUGUAGUCUGUCAGAGCACCUCUACCUCCAGGAACCUCCUUUAGUCUGUCAGAGCACCUCUACCUCCAGGAACCUCCUUUAGUCUGUCAGAGCACCUCCACCUCCAGGAACCUCCUGUAGUCUGUCAGAGCACCUCCUCCACCUCCAGGAACCUCCUGUAGUCUGUCAGAGCACCUCCACCUCCAGGAACCUCCUGUAGUCUGUCAGAGCACCUCCACCACCUCCAGGAACCUCCUGUAGUCUGUCAGAGCACCUCCACCACCUCCAGGAACCUCCUGUAGUCUGUCAGAGCACCUCCACCACCUCCAGGAACCUCCUGUAGUCUGUCAGAGCACCUCCACCACCUCCAGGAACCUCCUGUAGUCUGUCAGAGCACCUCCACCACCUCCAGGAACCUCCUGUAGUCUGUCAGAGCACCUCCACCUCCAGGAACCUCCUGUAGUCUGUCAGAGCACCUCCACCACCUCCAGGAACCUCCUGUAGUCUGUCAGAGCACCUCCACCUCCAGGAACCUCCUGUAGUCUGUCAGAGCACCUCCACCUCCAGGAACCUCCUUUAGUCUGUCAGAGCACCUCCACCACCUCCAGGAACCUCCUGUAGUCUGUCAGAGCACAGCUUCUGUAGGCCGUCUGUGUCUCUGUGGACCCGAGGAGACAAGAAACAGUCGUCUCCUGGGCAACCAUCUCCCCCACCUACCUCUUCCUCUCUUGCUGUUUUUGCACACAGGAAUUAAGACUUGAUAAAAGUUUAUACUUUCAUAUGUAUAUGUAUACUAUACAUUAUUUCUUUCAUAAAAAAAUACAUUUGUUAAAAUACUACAGGUUUCUUUUUUUCUUCUUUUUUUUCAAAUAAUGGUGUAAUCACUUUGUAAAAUAAAUAACACACAACAUAAAUCAAAUAUGCCAUUCCCAUUUCUGUAAUAAAACAAAAAUCCCUGUUUUUCUAUUAGUCAGUUCGUGUUGUUUUAUAUAAACAUCAAUAUUGUUGUAUCGAUUACCUUGGCCUUUAGUUAAACUGUGAGAGAAGGCUGGUGUGAUGGACUACAGUUGUCAUUUCAGAGCCCAGAGCUGAUUCAUCUCCCACAAGGCCCCUUCUAAGCUGUCCCUCGGUGCAGGAAUGGGCUGAGUCAGAGGGGUGGGAUGAGCUGGCCUGUGGAACGCGCUGCACAAGAGAGACAGCUAGUGGUGAAACCUUAGACUUCCUGUAAGGGC